AUGUCUCAUUUUUCAGAUUGCAAAUGCACCCCGGAAAAGUGCUGUGAAAACUGCAAAUGCCAGACGCCUGGAAAAUGUGGUUGCAAUCAAUCAGCGGGGUCCUCCUCCGCCGGUGGAUGUUGCAAGGCGGCCAACUCGGCAGGAGGUGACGCCAAAGGAAAGUGUUGCGGCAGCAAAAAUUGAAAUCAUCCAUACCCCAAUCACUGCCAAAGAAUGAAACAUGCAUUUUCGCACCGUUUAUUUAUCGAUGAGCCGUCGUCAUACCCAAAGAUUUAUUGUUUAGUUUACAUUUACUGCACAAGAUAAACUAAUGACCUAUACCAGCA